GAAAGAACACCUCCCAUAUGUCUCGCAACCAACCACCUUCUCGCAGCUUCAUCCCAUCGAACGCACAUCUAUCACCCUUGGACGAGCCUCGUAAUCCCCUAUCGAGUCCCCAACUUUUGCCACUGUUUGGCAUCAACAGAUCAUCAAGUUGCAGCUUCAUCCGGCAAGGACCUGAUCUGGCUGCGCGUUCUCCGCGCCUUAACCCUCGAGUCGUGGACAUGCUCGUCAAGGCAAGACAACAUGACAGAAAGAAAAAUGCAGCUAGAAGACUGGCUGGACGACCUGAGCACGCGGUUUAUACUGAACCUUCCCCUAGCAGACCUGUCUGAAGCCCAGCGGAUAUGCUUCCAUCUUGAAGAGGCACAAUGGUUCUACGAAGAUUUUAUCCGUCCCCUCGAUCCUUCUUUGCCGUCCAUGAACCUCCGCCGCUUCUGUGAACGAAUGUUUGCCCAUUGUCCCACACUCUCGACUUACACUCCAGAGGAACACAUGAAUGCCUUUGAGAACUUUCUUCAAUACAAGAGCCGCGUUCCUGUGAGAGGAGCCAUUAUGCUGAACGAAGCGAUGGAUUCAGCCAUACUGGUGAAGGGGUGGAAGAAAGGAGCCAACUGGAGUUUUCCGAGAGGCAAGAUCAAUCUCGACGAAGAUGACCUGACAUGCGCUAUACGAGAGGUUUAUGAGGAGACGGGAUAUAAUCUUGAAACUUCCGGUUUAGUGCCAGCAGACCGGAAUGUCAAAUACAUCGAGAUUACCAUGCGGGAGCAACAGAUACGGCUCUACGUCUUCAGAAAUGUUCCUAUGGACACAUAUUUUGAGCCACGGACAAGAAAAGAGAUUAGCAAGAUCGAGUGGUGGCCCCUUUCUGAGCUGCCGGCGUAUAGAAAGAAGGGUCGGCCAGAGCAACAGGAGAAUGUUGUGAGGGACAACAAGUUCUAUAAUGUUGCUCCAUUUCUCGUUCAACUUCGGAAAUGGAUUAUCGAGCAAAAGAAGCAAGACGCAAAGCGAAAUUCGAGAAAUCAGUAUCUGUCAGCCGCCGUCAGUCAUGACGAGCUUCAAACAGAGGAGGACCAAGGAACAGAGCCGACUGGCGCUGCUGGCCUCUACACAACCUCACCGCUCCCUACAUCGGAUCUCGAGCUAGACGAGAGGUCUUUGAGACUCCAACAGCAAGUUUUGCAAAUGCAACAGACCAAAGAGCCAGCAGGAAGAGGAGAUGCAUUGUUGGCUUUGCUGAAAAGCCCACCUAUGAAUUCGGACCAAGGCCCACCUCAAAAUUUUACACCCCAGACCCCUCUUGAACACACUCUAGACCAAGCUCCUAUGCCUCGAACUCCACAUCAUCAACACCCUCGCCCUCCCCAAUUCUCAACCAUGCAACCGCCGCCGACGUUUCCAAUCCAGACACAAAAUGAAACUUUCUCCUAUCAGCAACCCAGCUUUCAAAAUGACAGGCAGCCAGCUUACUCGAACCACGCGUACAACCAAAGUCGACAGCAGAUCCAGAAUUCCCAUGAAAAUCCACAUUCUUAUCAAUCGCAACACCUAGUCCAUCCACAACCUCUCCCACCUCACGUUCAGCCAGCUGUCUUUACAGGCGGACCUGUGCACAGUCCAAUGAUGCCUCCACCGGUUCCACAGCAGCCGCCACCCCAACUUACAUCUACACUCUCUGUGACAUUAAACAACCCCCAGUUUCCAGGCCUCCACGCACCCAUGAUUCCGCCAAUUCAGAGACAAACACCACCAAAGCUCACAGGACAUCACCUAAGUCUUCUCAAUGCUUUCAAGGGUAAAAAGGAUGACGCAAACGCAAACGGUAAUCCUUCGACAUCGAAUGACCUCCCACUACGACGGUAUGUGCAGGAACCAAUGCAUCCACCACAUUCACCACAUCCUCCACUGCAAGAAUUGCCUGGAGAUGCUUCCCGGACGCCUCCAGCGGCUAACCUGCCUCGCGUUGAUGAUCGGUUUUCAACCAAUGCGAGUUCAGGUCUUAUACCGAGCAUGAUUACACCAAGGCAGCCCCCCAGUGAUGAGCAGAGGUCAGCGUUACUUAGUAUAUUCAAAAGUCCUGCGAUUCCAGCGGCUGUCCCUGCUAUCCCUGUUGCUGCGACUGCCUUGCCCAUUAGCGCAACGCCAUCAGCAGUAGAAUUGUCUGCAGUGGAGCCACUUUCUCAAAACGCUGCGUCGACCUCUGCUCUUCUGAAUGACAAGAGGACACCAGGCCAUUCGACCAAGAACAGAAGCAUACCAGAAUCAAACCCAGAAGCCAAUCUACCUUUCAGAGCAUUAUCUAUUCCCCCUAGGCCUUCGGAAUUGAGCGAUAAUGAAGCACCUUUACGAAAUGGGUCCAGUCAUAAGGCACACACAAAAGCAAAUGGAGGGCAUCAUGCACGCAAUACCACAAGCCAGGCACCGGCCGCGAAGUCUCCAGAAAAGCCAUUCCAGCCGCAGAUUUUGAAGCGUCCACAGGCAGGGCCUUCGAAGGCUGUUGAGCCUUCUCCUCUUCCUCAAUCUGCAUUCCCAGCACUCUCACCACCAUCGACGGCUGUGCAUCCUGCUCAAACGGCCGAGCAUAGGCAGACGCUUCUUUCGCUCUUUGGAAAAGCUUCGACUCAACAAAAUCCUGUACCGAGGAUUCCAACCAGCAAUCCGACACCGCAGCAGCCGAUGGCUCCAGCAGCAAGUGUUUCAGUAAGGUCCCGUGUGGGAAGUCUUGCAUCAGGAGAGGCUCCAUCUCGUCGUGGAAGCCAGGCUCCAAUAUCACCUGCAGACAAAAGCUUUUUACUCAAUUAUUUGGGAGCUGUAACUAAGUAGGUGCUGCAGUCGCUUUGAGGCGCACAUUGAUUUAUCUAUGAUGGUUGCAUCAGAGAGGAAAAGUAUGUUGAAUGAUUUCUUAAAUUAUAGGGACAUGUUGAGAUACCAUGGGGCGGGAAUUGGCAUUGAAAGGGCAUUUUGCAGCGGCUAGCUUGGUAUUUCGCGGGCUUUGGGGAGGAAGAGGACAUGAGUCAAUGAAUUGGGACAACCUAGCAUACAUGGAAUAGUGCCCGACAUGACAAUGACUUAAAGAAAUUUCACCUCCAAU